AUGCCUCUGGCCAAACUGCUUCUUAGGAUGAGACUCUGGGAACUUCUGCCAUUCCUGGUCCUCUUCAUCUUCUUGUGGGGCAUCCAGGAACCUGAGCUGGCUGAGGGGUUCUUUCUCAGAAUGUGCCCAAGAUACAAAGUGAAGUGUACAGAUGUAAGUACAGACGAAUGUUCACAGCACGGACACUGUCCACCAAGGCAAAAGUGCUGCCAGUUUGUCUGUGAAAAAGUAUGUAUGGACCCCAGAGACGAUUUUUGCAGUCUGCCAAAGAAUACUGGCCCCUGCAUGUUCCGUGUUCCACGCUGGUAUUAUAAUAAAGAAACUGGGCGCUGUACUGAAUUCAUCUAUGGUGGUUGCAUGGGGAACCGUAACAACUUCCUAAGUGAAAGUGUCUGCAAAUCCAUCUGUAAAAAAUGA